CUAACAUGCCAUGAGGAGUGGCUUUUGCGCCCUGUUGUCUGUUUUACUCUCCUAGGUUGCAUUCUAUCUAUAUAACCUGACCUGCUCUGCAACUCUUACCUCCUCACGCUUCUACCAUGGCGGAGUCCUCCAAUGCCGCCCCGGCCUCAGGCCCGGCCCAGUCCGCGGCCUCGAGCAGCGCUCCCAAGGCUCCCAACCCGGCCUUCAGAAUGCUCGGCAUGCCCAAUAUUCGCAUGAAACUCCCCUCCCGCAACUGGAUGAUCUUCUUCACCGUCACCGGCUCCUUUGCCGCGGCUGUAAUCUACGACCGUAAAGAGAAACGCCGUGCGCAACGCAAAUGGGGGGAUCUUGUUGCCCACCUCUCCAAAGAGACUCUCCCUAUCGAGCAAACCCGACGCAAAAUCACCGUUUUCCUGUCCGCCCCUCCAGGCGACGGUCUCCGCGUAGCCCGCGACCACUUCAAAGAAUACGUCAAGCCGAUCCUCGUCGCAGCGGCACUAGACUACCAAGUCAUUGAAGGCAGAAGGGAAGGCGAUAUCCGUGCUGGCUUCGCGGAGCGCAUCCGCAAGUUCAGACGCAAGGUAGGCGAACCCAGCACCGUGGUGGAAGAAACCAACAAAGAGGAUAUUGUCAUGGCCGCCAGGACGCAGAUUGGCGUGACGGAGGAGCCUGGCCCUAAGGGUGAUCUGAUCAUUGGUCGUCACACAUGGAAGGAAUAUAUUCGUGGUCUGCACGAAGGCUGGCUGGGACCUCUGGACCCUCCUCCCCCUCCUCCCACUGAGGAGCCCGCUUCCUCCCCUGAAGUUGCGGAAACGGCCACUCCCACCGAAGGCACACCCGCCACAGAGACAUCGUCAGAGAACAAGCCAGAAGGAGACGCGAACGCCCCCGAGAAGGAGAAGAAGGACGAAAAGCCCGCCAAACCCACCGGCCCAACCCCAACCUAUUUGUCUCCCACCGACUACUCCUCACAACCUCUCCCCCCAACUCUCCCUCCAUCUCUUGAAGGCUCCACCCCCAUCGCCUUCCCCCACAUUCUGGGCUUCCUGAACACCCCCAUCAGACUCUACCGAUACCUCAACCAGCGCCACCUCGCCGAGAGCGUUGGCCGCGACGUCGCAGCCAUGGUCCUAGCCUCCUACAGCCGCCCUUACACCACCGGCUCCUCCACCUUCGACUCUGACUCCGACGCCCCCGUCGCCACCUCCGACGACACCCUAGGCACGACCUACGAACAACAAAGCAUCCUCGAAGACGAAGAAAAGGAAUGGCACAAGUCCGUCCACCGCAAGGACGAAGCCAACCCAGACAAGGAGCACGAAUGGCUAAACGACAUCGUCCUCGACCCCCGCAUCGCAUCCCGCAUGCACCGCUACACAAUGUCCCCAGAGGAAGAAGCCCGGGCUCAGCGCAUCCUCGAAAACCAGGAAUACAUCCUUGGCGAGGAGCGACCCGUCCCUGUCCCCUUCUGGAAACACAUGUGGAUCAAGUACGGAUACGGCGAAGACGAAGAAACUCUGAAGAGAAAGCCUAUCCUGGGCAACCUCGACGAAGAGUAAUCCACUCAGCGGACACAAACCACCAUAAAUAGAAAAAUAGAUUUCUCUACAUGUGUCGGGUUAAGGUAUAUAGACAACAUUUAUGUCUUGCUAUUUUCCUCUUCUUCUUUUGGGUGAUACGAAUCAUUGCAUGGGAAACGUGUAUGUUCUAGUUCUGUCUGUGUCUAGCUAUUUGUACUAUCAUCUCCUUUUCACUGUAUAUUAGUCGAAAUUCAAACAUCAUCCUGG